UUGUCAUUUUCUCCUUUUGGUUUUUAAAGAGAAACUGGUAGUCUGGGUAGAUUCAAGGCAUCUUUAAGAGAAAAUGUCUUCGGGAGUCCCAAAGAACUGAUGAAGUUAAGUGUGCCAUCGUUAGUGUACGCUGUUCAGAACAACAUGGCUUUCCUAGCUCUCAGCAAUUUGGAUGCAGCAGUGUACCAGGUGACGUACCAAUUGAAGAUUCCCUGUACUGCACUAUGCACUGUUUUAAUGUUAAACCGGACACUUAGCAAAUUACAGUGGAUUGCAAUUUUUAUGUUGUGUGGUGGAGUCACACUUGUACAGUGGAAACCAGCCCAAGCUACAAAAGUCAUGGUGGAACAGAAUCCACUGUUAGGUUUUGGUGCUAUAGCGAUUGCUGUACUAUGUUCAGGAUUUGCAGGAGUAUAUUUUGAAAAAGUUUUAAAGAGUUCAGAUACUUCCCUUUGGGUGAGAAACAUUCAAAUGUACCUGUCAGGGAUUGCUGUGACAUUAGUUGGCGUCUACUUGUCAGAUGGAGCUGAAAUUAAAGAAAAAGGAUUUUUCUAUGGUUACACAUAUUAUGUCUGGUUUGUCAUCUUCUUGGCAAGUGUUGGAGGUCUCUAUACUUCUGUCGUGGUCAAGUACACAGACAACAUCAUGAAGGGCUUUUCAGCUGCAGCAGCCAUUGUGCUUUCUACCAUUGCUUCAGUGGUGUUAUUUGGAUUACAGAUAAACGGAGCAGAAAACCAGCACCACCACUCCACCCCACCCCCACCCCCCGCCAAUGUGUGCCUUCCUGUUUUAGAGAUGAGUCACUCACCUUUGCUCUGGGUACUCUUCUUGUAUGUGUUUCUAUAUAUCUCUAUGGAUUACCCAGACAAGACACUACAUCCAUCCAACAAGGAGAAACUACAUCUAAAGAGAGAGUCAUUGGUGUGUGAUUUCAGCCUCAAAAGAAACUGUACUAAUACUAAAUAGUUUGUGUUAACCUAGAGCCUUAAGUCAAUCUUAGAAGGUAGGUUAUACAAUAACAAUCAACUGUGUAGCAUACAAAUUUACAAGAAAGCUAUCUGAAUGAAUUGGUACCAAGAUUUAAUGUGACCUAAGGUCAAUCUGUUUUGUUUUAGGAUGUUUUUUUUAAUUGUAUAUAUAAUGUACAUAUAAAGUAUGGAGAUGACAUGGUGUUAAAAAUCAUGUGACGCUACAAUAGUCAAAUAACUAGGUUUGGGGAAGGGUUAAAGUGCCAAAGCCAUUUCUGCACUAACAGUUCUCUUGUCAGGUACCAGGGGGAGAAGGACAGCCCUCCUUAUUCUCCAGUUCACCUAGAGUGUUUUGUUCAAGUGGUAGUAAGGAUCUAGGUCUUUUCUUCCAAACAGAAACAAAAACAAGACAAGCUCGAUCAGAAACAAAAUGAAUGUGUAACUUUACAAAUGGAAUCGAUUUCAUAGCUCAGAUGAAGAUUUCUGGGUAGUGACUGAGUACUCCUCUAAGUGCUGUAUUUGUGCCAUUCAUUGUCUAGAUCCAUUUUUUCUUGCUCUUAGAUGAUAUACUUUUCUUCAAAAAAAAAAAAAAUUUCUAAUGUCACUUUUGUAACUUUUUUUAUGAAGUAUGUUUAAUUAUUGGGCUCUCAAUAAUUUGUGAGAUUUCAGUGUUUUUAAGAAAAGUUUCUAUAACAUUAAUGGGGAAAUUAAGCAAUAAACUUAAUUUAUUUAUAUGA